AUGAUCGGGCGGGCGAUCAAACUAGACUAUCAUACUUUGCAUCAAGAACGAGCGAAGUUCGCAAGAAUUGCUGUCGAGGUUGACCUUUCUAAGCCACUGGUUCCUAGAAUAUGGCUGGAUGGAGCCUGGCAGUACAUCGAGUAUGAAAACUUACCAGUGGUGUGCUUUGAGUGUGGGAAGGUGGGACACACGUCGGAUACCUGCCCGGGUUUGCGUCUGACGCAAAAGCCAGAAAACGAGACUCUGAGUCAGGCUCCGGCGAGGGCUCUCACGGCGACCGGAGAAGAUGAGGAAGAAAAGGAAGGUUUCGGAACUUGGAUGCAAGUCUCCCUCAAAUCAAGGCGUGGAAACAGAGGGGGCGAAAAAGGAAAUUCGACCAAUAAUCUUGCCGCAAUUCCCAAAGCCAACGGGACUUCAUACGCUAGCAAAGGGGGGAAGUUUGAGGGUGUUCAAAAGGAAGUAGCUAACAGAAAAGGAAAUCCUGCGCUUCUGAAAUCGGGGCCUAAUCAGAAGAUUUUGGAGAAGAAGGCAGGGACAGCGGAGAAGGGAGGAAGUAAGACAGGAUCGUAUAAAGGGAAAGAGGCUUUAAAGGAAGGUUUUCUAACCGUUGCAGAAAAUGAAAGAGGCCUGUUGGGACCUCACCCCUCGCCAAGUGUAGUCGACAUCGCUGGGCCUUCAACCUCAAAGGGGCCGGCUCCCCUGGGCCUUAGUCCAUCCCCUCCUAUCAUGAAUGGGCCUGCAAACAACUCCUCGGCCCCUUCCCUGGAAACACCCGCUCCUCUUAUCUCCCGGGAAGUAAAAGGCCCAAAAGGGACCCUCAUCCAGGUCAUCAAAGCCCAACCACCGAACCCUUCUCAAGGGAAAUCCACUGAAGCUGAAGCGCCUUCGGUCGCGAAAAGAACGAAUCAUCAAAAGUCUCUGAAAGCUCCAAAGCAGAAAGCAGGGACGCCUUUGUCACAAGCAAAAAAAUCAUUGCAAAUCGGGUCUCCAGCGAAGGAUAAGAAGAGAAAAUCCAAAGCCAAGAUUGCGAUGCUCACCCUCCAGGAGAUUGAUGCCUGGACAAAUGCCGCCAAGUAUGGCUCGGAGACAACAGCCGGAAGAGAAAUCUGCCCGGAGAGCUCUGGCGAAGCCACGGGGAUUUCAACGCCUCUUGUGCCGUAG